CUCUUGUAUGUAACUUUCUUGUGCUUAAAAACGUUAACAAAAAAGGUCGAUGUAAAAUCAAACAAGUUUACUCAAAGUAUGCAAAAGCUAGGUAGAUGGAAGUGGCUUGUAAUCCAGAAUUGGGUUAUCGUCGUUAUCAGAUAUAGCAAAAAGCUUUUACUGGAAAUAUAUCAAUUCUCACACCGAUAAAGAACCUAACGUUCCCAUAUUCGUCAUGGAUAUACGUAAAUACCACCCACGGUCUGUCAAUAUAUUUCUCUCGUCUCAUAAACAAGGUGGAAUCUCCUGGGACAUUUUAAAUUUAGAACGAGAAUGGAAUGGGAUUUCUGAACGGUCCAGAUCUAGAUGGCCAGUUCCAAGUUUGAAUGUAUUUUAACAUCAAAGGCAGUCUGUAUCCAACGCGGGAAGAGAGCGGACGUCCAUGCCCGUUAUGUAAACUCUUAAAGGAUAUUUCGGGAGUGAAGUUUUGUUAAUCGCUUUUGGAUGCCUUGGUUACAUAAAUGCGCCACAUGUGUCAUAAGUUUAUGAACGUUUAUUUUUAAUGCAAUGUGACCUGAAUAAAAUAGUGUUCAGUGAAUGUAGUGAAAAGUUUUUGUUUAAAGUUCACAUUAUCCUUCUUCGAACGGAUACAGUUUAUUUCUGGGUUUCAAUGAACUUGCCAAUAUUGUGUACGUUUUACGGAUGUGUGGAAGUGAAAUUGUGAAUUCUAAUAUACUAUACCAGAGAUCGGAAAACUUUUAAGACCAAACUAGAUUUAAGAAUUGCGGUUGUUUUCCAGAAGUAUUAUUUUUUUCGGUGACUUAAAGACCCGUAACUGAGCCGUAUGUGGCUCUCGAGCCGCAAUUUAUCGACCCCUGUAUACCUACAAAAGUUCUCGCUCUUUCAAAAGACUCUCAUGAUUUGAAAAGUCUUCCCUCAAAAGUACGACCUACUACCUCAACCUUUGCCUCAUGGGCAGCUAUGGGCACCCAUGGACAGUGACGGCCGCCUCGUGUUCUGGAAGGGAGGGGUGUGGGAGGGGGGAGCUCCCACGUUGAACUGCAACACCUGCAAGAAACGAAGAGCUGAUAGAAUGAGCGCUAAUGAGCGGCCUCCGGGUGAGUUGAAGAAGCUCUCGGAGGAGAGUCUCACUCGGCAGCCGGAGGAGGUGUUCGACAUCAUCUGCAAGCUUGGAGAGGGGUCCUAUGGAAGCGUUUAUAAGGCCCUCCACAAAGAAAGCGGGCAGGUCCUCGCCAUCAAGCAAGUGCCAGUGGACACGGACCUGCAGGAGAUCAUCAAGGAGAUCAGCAUCAUGCAGCAGUGUGACAGUCCAUACGUCGUCAAAUACUAUGGCAGCUACUUCAAGAAUACCGACCUCUGGAUCGUAAUGGAAUACUGCGGCGCAGGCUCAGUCUCCGACAUCAUGAGGCUCCGCAAGAAGACCCUCUCCGAGGAUGAAAUAGCGACCAUACUUUGUGACACGCUCAAGGGCCUGGAGUAUCUGCACCGGCGACGCAAGAUCCACCGCGACAUCAAGGCGGGGAACAUACUCCUCAACACCGAGGGUCACGCCAAACUGGCUGACUUUGGAGUCGCUGGACAACUUACAGACACAAUGGCCAAACGCAACACAGUAAUCGGCACACCGUUCUGGAUGGCGCCGGAAGUGAUCCAGGAGAUCGGCUACGACUGCGUGGCCGACAUCUGGUCGCUCGGCAUCACGGCGCUGGAGAUGGCGGAGGGCAAGCCGCCGUACGGAGACAUACACCCCAUGCGGGCCAUCUUCAUGAUCCCGACCAAACCGCCGCCCUCCUUCAGAGAACCAGACCAAUGGUCGACAGAAUUUAUCGACUUCGUCACGCAGUGCCUUAUAAAGAACCCGGAAGAAAGAGCCACUGCGGAGUACCUGCUAACACACGAGUUUAUUGGUAACGCGAAACACCCGUCAAUACUAAGCAGUAUGAUAGCCGAGGCGAGAGAAAUACGAGAAACACAGGCCUUCAGGCAACAACCCACUGUCACCCCGGACGGCAAGAUCAUUGCGGGCGCUGGCGAGGGCUACGAUGACGCAACAAUGAAGAAACGGGACGAGGGCACUCUAGUGCCCACGCGAGACGGCACCGAGCUGACCCACGACCUGGGCACUAUGGUCAUCAACGAGCCCGACGCAGACCUCGCCACCAUGAAACGCCACGACACAGAUCCAAUGGACACCAACCGACCGAAAUAUCGUCCGCUGUUCCUCGAGCAUUUCGAGAAAAAAGAAGUGAACCAUCUCAACAUAGGCACGGCUAAUGGCACGCUCACCGGCCCUCUAAGGUUACCAGGAGACGACACCGUGAGAGCGGAAGGCAUAGCAGGCGAUGCCGGCGCUCUAGCCUUCCAACGCGCGCUGGUCGAAGACGGCAACAUGGAAUUCCUGACGUUCCUGUCGGUGUCGGAGCUGGAGGCGCGCAUGGCGCGGCUGGACUCGGAGAUGGAGGCGGAGAUCGAGCAGCUGCGCGCGCGCUACCACCACAAGCGGCAGCCCAUCCUCGACGCCAUCGACCUCAAGCGGAAGCGCCAGCAGAACUUCUAGGUACUCCGACCCGCCGAGCGUCUUAUCUUAUCUUAUCUUAUCUUCUAAUUACCGGGGGCCCUUGCGGAUACACUUCGACCCAUAGGGAUCUUUUGUGUAGUUGCCCCCUAAGGAAAGACCCAUUAGCUACUCAAGAGCCUUUUUGACCAUUUCCAUGUGUCGGAUGAUGGAGCUUAUGGGUAGCCUUUUGAAUUCCUUUGGUUCCAGAUACCUCAGCCGCCUCACGUACUCUACUUUAUAACUCAUUUUGUCUUGAGGGCUCGUUAAAACAUGUGUGUAAGUGAAGACCGAGAAACAACAACGGACAACCGAUUCUCGACGCUAUCGACUUGAAGCAUAAGUGGUUCCGGAACUUCUAGACUGCCAAGUAAGCGAUAUGAGUCAGUAGGGACCGUGCGCGUUGGAGGGUCUGCCAUCUUGUGGCCUGAAUCGGAACCAUAAACAUGUACAUUUACACGUCACGUGUUUUCUUGUGCAUAGUAGGUUCUGCCAUCUUGUGGGCUACAUCGGAACAAUAAACGUCACAUUUACGCCUCGCGCCAAAAAUUUGACGGCUCCUGUGCUGCCUCCUACAGUUCAUGCACGCUCCCUAUACGAAGGGGGUAUUUUUGAAGUGAUCGUUGAGUGUUGAGGUGUUGAGAAAAAAUGUUAAGAUCAGUACGGGUAAGUUUGGCCUUCACAUUGGGGCCUGUUUACACAUUGAUCAGUGUCUAUCGUGAGUUCAUACUUUGUUUACUUGCUAUGGCAAAUGUAUAAACAUGAACAUAUUAAAUAUGUUAAAACGGGUCACUCGCGUAUUUUAAGUCGAAAACGCCAGUCCGUCAACGCAAGCUCCUGACGAUACUACUCGGAAGAGAAAGAAGUCGAGCGUUUUUGACUUAAAAUACGUGAGUGACCCGUUUUAACAUAUUUAAUCACGGUACUUUUGACUUUUGUUAUUAAAAUUAUGAACAAUAAAGAUAGUUUAUUUUCCAAGUACACAUAUUUACAAUGUGCUUAUAACGUCAAAUAAAACUACGCCAGCUCUAACCCUACACCUCUGACCCGAUACAUAAACAUUAAUGAAUGUGUAAACAGGUCCAAUGUGACGGCCAGCUUUACUUACUAGUACAUUACCUAAAAAUUCAUCAUAUUUAAAUGUUGAGCGGAAAAGCUUCAACUUCUAGACUAUGCAGCAAUACGUGUGUCGAGGCAGUGUUGUUGAAAUAAUGUGUAUAAUUGUUGAUUUGUUGAAAGGAGUAAAGACUAGAUCGCAAUUUGUUCUCGUAAGGCACAGAGUGGUCAUGGCCUCGUUGAAAUUAUAACCUAUAAUCAGUUGAAAACAGUUUUGAAAUCUGUUUCCAAUGUAUUGUUUACAAUGUGGUGCCGAUACCAGGAUUCUGAAAUUAACUAUUGUUUAUUUUGCAUUUAUUUAUUUUUAAUACUGCAAGACGGUAAAUACGGGUAAGUGUGGCUGCGGCAUAAGUGUGUCUACGCUUCACAUUGGGGUUUGUUUACACAUUGAUUGGUUCUUGAUGCGAGUUUAUAUAUUUGUCAAUAAACGCGAGAAGAAAAUGUAUGAACUCGCUAUAUACACUAAUAAUGUGUAAUAGAUCCUAAUCUGAUGGCCAGCUACACCAAAGAGAAUUUGAAAUAGAGGUGGAUUUUCAAAGAAAAUUUUGUAGCCGCGGUAAAUUUACUGACAUCUUUCGUCACAUGAUUAAAACCUUUAGAACGCCAUUUGACUUUGAUCCUUAUUCUUUCACUGAUAUGUAUUAAAUUUGUUAAAUAUCAAAAAGUGGCGCCAUCUUACCGAACAUCGGCUAAAGGUUAUGACGCCAUUGCUCGAACCGAUGCCGCCAUAACUUUAGCCUUUGAUCUAUUAGAUGAUGGCGGUCCUUUUUGAUAUUUAAAUUUAGCACAUACCAGGAUCAAAGUCAAAUGGAGUUCUAUAAGUUUUAAUCGUGUGUCGAAAGAUGGUAGUAAAUUUACCGUGGCUACAAAGUUUUCUUUGACAAUCCACCUCUAUUCCAAAUUCUCUUUGGCUACACUUACCUACUGGUAAGUUUACUGGCAUACUCGCCACACUUACUCGUAUUGAAAUUAUCGCAAUUAGUGUUAUAUUUUUGAAUGAAUAUGUUUUGUACUCUUCUCCAAUUAAUAAUUUGCAGUAAAAAUAUUCAGUAACUUGUGUGGUCGAUUGUUGAAAAAUUAAUGAAUGAAUUAUUUGUUUAGUUUUCGCAAAAUAUUAUUUUUUUAUUUAACCGCUACUAUUUAUAUACCUAACCAUUCGUCACAGUGAACGGAGUAGGUACGGUCUCGUCUGAAAAUAUCGAUACGAACAAAGUACCAAAAAUAUGUAUACACUACCGUAAUAUGGGCUAUAAGGUACCGUAAUAUUUGUUCGUAUAGAUACGAACAAAUAUAGAUCUAUAUUAUUAGACGUGACUUUCUUAAUACUUGUAUUAUAAAAAAGAAAAUUUACAGAUUUACAGAGACAUAUCUUUGACAUUUUACAGUUCUUACAAGUUUCAGGUGUUUUUUGGGUUGUAAUUAUGAAUAAAAAUACGAGUUCAAUGAAUUAACGAUGUAUUAUGGGCAUAAUAUUUUGCCUUCACAAAUAAAAACUUCGAGUCUGCAGCAAGGGGGCGUCCAUUAAUCGCGUCAUACGUUUUUGGCUUGUUUUAGAGCCCCCCCCCCCCCUCCCCCAUGGUGAUCUUUG